AUGAAUAUCAUCCUCCCAGAGCAAGAAGGAGGUAUUGCGAUCGAGAACGUUAGCAGGGAUGAAGGUUCAAAUCUUGAAGCUUUUGUAGCAAGGAGCUGCUACCCUUCUUUUUUGGAAGGACAUUGCUUGCUUAAAGUCAAUUUUAGAGUUUUCAGUUUUGAUAAAGUGUUUAUUGACAAAAAAGGGGUUAUCCGCCAACUCUUAUAUCUAAUACUACCCUUAAGAAGAUAUCAAGAUCAUCAAAUGAUUCUUAAUAAUGAAAUGAUUGUUCUUCAGCUUGCACCGACUACUUUGUGUAUAUCUAAUGAGGAGCAUCAAGUUGUUGACUUUGAAAGGUUUACCCAAGAAGCUUUGAACUACGUGUUCUUGAAGAGAAAUAGCGGGAAAUUAAAUGAAACAAUGAUUUAUAGGUGGAUUUAAAGAUUUUGUGUUAUAUAAUUUUUUGAAUGGGUAAAAUGUGAGAAAAAGCAAUGUACUUUCAUUAGUUUAUCUAAUCAAAGCAGCUUACUUUCAUUUUAUUUCUAAGCUAUUUUUAAUUUAAUUUUGUUUAAGUUUUUGUUUUUGUGUUCGUAUUUAAGUAUUGAAAAUUGAAAGU